GAACACUGGUCAACCAUGAUAAGGCGCUUUUGUGGGGUGACCUUGACUACUGCAGCAGCUCUGUACAGAGCAAAGGUUUCACACUUGUUGGAUGAGGAAAGCCCUGCCUCACAAAGUUACCAGCCUCCAGCAGCAGCAGCAACAGCAGCAGAAGUCAUAGUCCCAAGAGCCCCAGAAGCCAUGUCUAAGGAACAUGAUGCCUUCAUCCAGACCCAGCAGCUGCAUGCUGCCUUUGCAGACACAUUCCUGGAACACAUGUGCCGCCUGGACAUUGAUUCUCCCCCAAUCACUGCCAGAAACACUGGCAUCAUCUGCACAAUUGGCCCGGCUUCCCGUUCAGUUGAAAUGUUGAGAGAAAUGAUUAAAUCUGGAAUGAAUGUUGCCCGUCUCAACUUCUCUCAUGGAACUCAUGAGUACCAUGCAGGAACAAUCAAGAAUGUACGAGAAGCUACCGAGAGCUUUGCUUCUGAUCCAAUUUCAUACAGACCUGUUGCUAUUGCACUGGAUACUAAGGGACCUGAAAUCAGAACUGGACUCAUCAAGGGAAGUGGUACAGCAGAAGUGGAGCUCAAGAAGGGUGCAACUCUGAAACUUACUCUGGAUAAUGCUUUCAUGGAGAAUUGUGAUGAAAAUGUCCUAUGGGUGGACUACAAAAAUAUUACCAAGGUUGUGGAGAUUGGCAGCAAAAUCUAUGUGGAUGAUGGCCUUAUUUCCCUGCAGGUUAAGGAAAAAGGUGCUGACUUCCUCAUCACAGAAAUUGAAAAUGGUGGUAUGUUAGGCAGCAAGAAGGGUAUCAACCUGCCAGGCGCUGCAGUAGACCUUCCAGCUGUUUCUGAAAAGGACAUCCAGGAUCUGCAAUUUGGUGUAGAGCAAGGUGUCGACAUGGUGUUUGCUUCCUUCAUCCGUAAGGCAGCCGAUGUUCAUGCUGUCAGGAAGGUGCUGGGGGAAAAGGGAAAGAACAUCAAGAUCAUUAGCAAGAUUGAAAACCACGAGGGAGUGCGCAGAUUUGAUGAGGUUAUGGAGGCUAGUGAUGGCAUCAUGGUGGCUCGUGGUGACCUUGGUAUUGAGAUUCCUACUGAAAAGGUCUUCCUUGCCCAGAAAAUGAUGAUUGGUCGAUGCAACAGAGCUGGCAAGCCAAUCAUCUGUGCCACUCAGAUGCUGGAGAGCAUGAUUAAGAAGCCACGCCCAACCCGAGCCGAGGGGAGUGAUGUGGCUAAUGCUGUUUUGGAUGGAGCUGACUGUAUCAUGCUCUCCGGAGAGACCGCCAAAGGAGACUAUCCACUGGAAGCUGUUCGGAUGCAGCAUCUUAUUGCUCGGGAGGCUGAGGCUGCAAUCUAUCACCGCCAGCUGUUUGAAGAACUUUUCCGCCUCACUGUUAACAUCAGGGACCCUCUUGAUGCCAUUGCUGUAGGCGCUGUGGAGGCCUCUUUUAAGUGCUUAGCUGCAGCUGUGAUAGUUUUGACAGAGUCCGGCAGGUCUGCCCACUUGGUAUCAAGAUACCGCCCGCGUGCUCCCAUUAUUGCUGUGACCCGUGAUUCUCAGACAGCCCGCCAGGCCCACCUCUAUCGCGGCAUUUUCCCUGUGCUGUGCAAGGAGCCAACACAUGACUCCUGGGCUGAGGAUGUUGAUCUACGAGUGAAUAUGGGCAUGGAUGUUGGCAAAGCCCGUGGCUUCUUCAAGACUGGCGACAUGGUCAUCGUGCUUACAGGGUGGCGCCCUGGGUCUGGCUACACCAACACCAUGCGAGUGGUGCCCGUCCCAUAAACACCUGCCCGGCCACCUCAUCCCUCUCCUAUCUCAAGCACCUUCCCCUUGCAUUUAGAUCAGCAGUUGCUUGCGAUAUUGUCCUUGUCUGUAGAGGCUGCCAAAAACCACCAAGUGCAGUAACUGGGGGAAGAGAGUUAAAUCUUAGAAAUACUUGAAAUAGUUCUCUGAUAAGCAGAACCUUUUCCUUUCCCCCCUUCUCAGGCUCCCCUGCCUUAUUUGUCCAGAGUCAGCGUAAGAUUGUCUAGCAUGACAACUAGGGCUGCCCCAGGUCUUUCCUGCCGAUCUUUCCGUGGUGCAGGAAAACCAGGCUCCUGGUAUGUCUGACUGAUCUAGAGUGUGCAGGGCUUGCUGUCGUACCUGUCUCACUUCUCUCACCCAAAGUCCUUUAUUCUUUUCUGUAGAUUUAUUUGUACUGUCAGGUCUCUACCCAAACACUCCACUAGUCCAUAGCACUCUAAAUCUUUCAGCAUCUCACUAGUUUUGCUGUGUUGCCGUGAGAAUACAGGGGUUUUUGGUACGCUUUAACAUAAACCAUGACACACAAUCACUUGGAUAUCUAAAUGUACACUCCAGUAGGCCAUGAUAAAAAAAUCUAUACUCACUUGCCCCUAGAAAGGUCCAAAAUACAAAUUCUUUCAAUCUUCUUGCUGUACCUCAUUGCCAGUAUUUGUUGGAAGAGGGUCGUGGAAAUGAGUGUUGACAAAGUGCUUACAAUCUGUUCCAGUUUUGAUAAUCACUGAAAGAAGUUGACUGGGACAGAGAUGGUCCUGGAACUUAAGGGGCUGAGGAAUACUGUCACCAUUGCGAUGCACUCCCCACACCUCAAGCUGCUAAGAGUUGUUUGUGCGCCUGUUGCAGUGUUGUGUUCUGUGUUCCGAUCUGAGUCUUGUUUCCUGAGAGCACUAUCCUCUCUCAAUCUGGAUAAGUGACCUACUGUAACAGGUUGUAGAGUACAACUGUACAUCAAUAAAGCAGAGCUCACUCACA